UUAUGUUUACUCGCGGCAUCGGUAGAGGUGUGGGAAACGUUCGUGGAGGUGGUGAUACUAAUGUCGGAACUGGUUCAGGCUUUGUUGGAGGUGGAGAUUCCUCAAAUUGUCAAAAUAACAUGGGGUCUUUUGGCCGUGGUGGUCGUGGGAACUCAUCCUUUGGCGUGGGAACUCAUCCUGGACUUGAUGACCCUUCUGGUCAAGUUGGAGGAGAUUCUUUUGGCCGUGGUGGUCGUGGUAACUCAUCCUUUGGCGUGGGAACUCAUCCUGGACUUGGUGACCCUUCUGGUCAAGUUGGAGGAGAUUCUUUUGGCCGUGGUGGUCGUGGUAACUCAUCUUUUGACACUGGAAGUGUGCCUGCUCGCGGCAUUGGUCGAGGUUCGGGCAACGGUCGUGGUGGUGGUAAUUCUUCUGUCGGACCUGGUACGGGCUCUUCUGCUGGAGUUGGCGAUUUUUCAAAUAAUCAAAAUGGUAUGGAGUCUUCUAUUGGACACGGCCGUGGUGGGCGUGGGAACUCAUCUUUUGGCGUUGAAGGUGCUGACCCUUCUUUUGGUCAAGUUGGAGGAGGCCCUACUUUUGGCCGUGGUGGGCGUGGGCACUCAUCUAUCGCCGCUGGAGGUGCCGACCCUUCUUUUGGUCAAGUUGGUGGAGACUCUUCCUUUGGCCGUGGUCAUGGUAACUCAUCUUAUGACACUGGAGGUGUGCCUGCUCGUGGCAUUGGUCGAGGCAACGGUCGUGGAGGUGGUGAUACAGGCUUAACUGUUGGAGCGAGAGAUUCUUCAAAUGGUCAAAAUAACAUGGGGUCUUCUUCUGGCCGUGGUCGUGGGAACUCAUCUUUUGACGCUGGAGGUCCUGACCCUUCUUUUGUUAGAGCUAGAGGAAACUCUUCUGGUGGUCGUAGUUUUUUUGCAACUGGUUCAAAUUCCGUUGAAGUGCAACAAAAUGCUCCUAACGUGAAUGAUAACAACAGCUACUUCAAUCGUGAGAAGGUGACCACAGAAGAUUCUGUAAACUGUACUACGGUCGAUCAAGUCGGAAACAAUAAUGGAGUUCAAAAUUCUGAUGAGAAGCCUAUUAGUCGCGGGUUUGCGCUUCGUGAACGUUUGGUCGACGAUUUGUAUAAGGAUGAUGAGAUAUUCAAACAUCAAUAUGUUGAUAUCGCUGAUGCUGACGAUGAUGUUAUGAUUACUGGAGUUAAUGUUAAACUGAUUUUGGAGUCGUGGACUGAAUUCAACAUGGAUCCAGUACUCAAAGAAAAUAUUACUGUCAAGUCCAAUUAUAUUCGCCCGCGCAAAAUUCAAAAACAUGUUAUUCCAUACGUUCUUUCUGGUUAUGAUUUGAAAGGUCAUUCAGAGACAGGAAGUGGCAAGACCGGAGCUUUUUUGAUUCCAAUCAUUCAAAAAAUUCUUGCUGAUCCUUCCUCACAGCGUCAACCGUCUGAAAUAGCGGCCCCGUUUGCACUUGUUUUAUCGCCCACGCGUGAAUUAUGUCUUCAAAUUUAUGAUCAAUGCCGUAAAUUUGCCAAUGGAACUUUUGUCAAAAUCACGCGUGCAUAUGGACAAUUUAAUUUUGGUGUUAAUCUUGGUCAGCUUAAAGAAGGAUGCGAUAUUUUAAUUGCUACUACUGGUCGUCUUAUGCAUUUAAUUAAAGAUAAACAUAUUGAUUUGUCAGAAUUGAAAUAUUUUGUUUUGGAUGAGGCUGAUCGUAUGCUUGAAAAUAAUUUUCUUACUUCUGUUCGAGAAAUUAUUGAAUCGCCAAAUUUCCCUUCAAAGGAAAAACGUCAAACAAUGAUCUUCUCUGCUACGUUCCCUCCGGAAAUUGAGGAACUCGCAAAUGAAAUUCUUCGUUCAGAUUAUGUAACCGCUUCAAAUAACAAACCAGUGUCUGCAAACAAUCGUGUUAAACAAAGUUUUUUGAAUGUUGAAUCUGAUAAGAUGGAAUGUCUCAAAGAAAUGUUGGAUAAAGAAGUUAAAACGGCGGCAGAGAAAAAUCCUGAAAAUCCAAAGCCUCGUCGUACUCUUGUUUUUGUCGAGACUCGCCGUGAUGCUGAUCGCCUUGCUGUUUAUCUUAAUGAGAAUGGCAUUAAAUCUCUUACACUUAAUGGAGAACGUAAGCAAUCGGAAAGAGAAAUGGCACUUCGAAAAUUUGAUAGAGGAUUUAUUGAUGUUCUUGUUGCGACUGAUGUUUGUGCUCGUGGAAUUGAUAUUAAAGGAUUGGAACAUGUUAUUAACUAUGAUUUGCCUCAGGAUGCUGUCACUUAUGUUCAUCGUAUUGGUCGUACUGGCCGUUUGGUUACUGGUUAUUCAACGAGUUUUGUUGAUUUGAAAAAGAAUGCAAAUCUCAUUCCGGAAUUGAUUAAAAUUCUUCAAAGUUCUUCUACACCUGUUCCACAAUUUAUGGCUGGAUAUACUGCCAACGAAUCUGUUACAUAUGUUCCUUAUAACCAAAAGAAACAAAUUUCGACAGAAUUUGAAAAUGGUGUUCAAAAUUAUCAAAACGGGUUCGAUAAUGGUGACAAUACAAAUGAUGUUUGGAAUAACAAUGAGCCUCAAGUUGAACCUUUUAUCGACACUGCACUUGUCAAGAACACACCUGUCGUCAAUACUGCUCCUGCUCAGAGUAUUGAAAGAUCCUCUGACUAUUGGGCUAGUGCAAUCAAACAACCAACUAAAUCUUCUUUUGUCCAGAAUGGCGCUAAACCGAUGGUUCAAACUCGUGUGGCUCCAGCAGCUCAAACUCAUGUUGCUCCAGCAGCUCAAACUCAUGUUGUUCCAGUAGCUCAAACUCAAUUUGCACCAGUAGCUCAAACUCGUGUCGUGCCAGCAGCUCACUCGGUUGCGCAAGAAAACAAUAAUGAUUGGGACAAAAAUGAUAAUUGGGAGGAUAUUGAUAAUUCUUGGAAUUGA